AUGACCACUAAAAGACGCAAUCACGGAAGAAACAAAAAAGGACGUGGACACGUUAAAUUUGUUCGCUGUACUAACUGUGGACGCUGUUGCCCAAAGGACAAGGCAAUUAAGAAGUAUGUUGUCAGAAACAUUGUUGAAGCUGCUGCCAUCAGAGAUAUUGUUGAUGCUUCUGUUUAUGAUCAAUACGCUCUUCCAAAGCUUUACCACAAACUCCACUAUUGCGUUUCAUGUGCUAUCCAUUCUAAGGUUGUAAGAAAUCGUUCACGUGAAGCUAGACGUGACCGUAAUCCACCACCACGUUUUGGACAACGUACAACUUUCCAAAAACCAGUUGCUCCAGGGCAAACUCGUUAA